CUCUUUGUGGUGAGAAGUGUUCAGGUAGUCCAUGUGAAGAAGCUUGUACUAUGAAGUUUACCAUGUGGACAUCCUUGUGUUGGGUUCUGUGGUGAUCCAUGCCCACCACUGUGUCGUACCUUUGACCGUGAAGAACUUACUGAGAUAUUAUUUGGUUCAAAGAUGAGGAUGAUGCAAGGUUUGUGUUAUUGGAGGACUGUGGACACACCAUAGAAGCUGAAGGGUUAAAAGAAUGGCUCGCUCAGGAUGGAGGAGAGAUCGGCAUGAAACAGUGUCCUCGAUGCAAGAAACCCAUUUAUAAUAAUCGUCGUUAUUAUGGAUUUUUGCUGAAAGCCUAUAAAGAUGUAGAGGCAGUCAAGAAAAAGUACUUCAGAGAGAAAAAAACAGUUCGAAAACAAGAUCUUCUCUUAUUAUUACAAGAUUCUUCAUUGAAUCCGGAUUUAACCACAAAACUGAGGAGGUUAGAAUCAAUCGUUGAACAAACUUACAGACAUCUUAGUGAUGCUGAACUGAACCUCGUUCAGUUUCAAGGUGGUAUUAUACACAGAGCAAACUCAGUACUCACACAAGCUCCACAGUACACAAGGAAACUUGCAGAAAAAGUUCACUUUGUAGUGAGUCGAGUCAUGGAGCAGAAACUCCGCAUCACCACACAAAUGAUGGAAGAAAUUACUGGUGAACUUCAACGUCUGGCAAUUCUACCAGCCUACUGGAACCUAUCAGAAAAAUUAAUUCAGAAUGAUGAACAUAUUUUAAUGAGUAUACACAGAAGGAUUACAAAGAUCUUCAGUCCAACAGUUAAGUUUAACGACGAGAAAGAAAGAGAAGUGAGAGAACUCUUAAAAGAAAGCGAGAAAUACCUUGGUCAACUUGGAAUUACUGAUGCUGAGAGAAUGGAGAUAAUUAAUGCUAUGGGACUGAAACAGGGCCAUUGGUACAAAUGUCCCAAAGGUCAUUAUUACUGCAUAGCUAAUUGUGGACGAGCUGUGGUUGAGAGCAAAUGCCCUGAAUGUGGUGCGCCCAUUGGUGGUAGAAAUCAUCGGCUUCGCAGUGACAACACUGUAGCUGCAGAACUGUUCACUGCUCGUAAUAGUUACCGGUAAAAGCAAAAUAACCUGAUCUAUUAUGAAGUCCUUUAUUGUAUUAGUUACUCAUAGGGGUUAUACACUGUAUGUGUGAAAUUAUUUCUCUUGAACAGCAAAGAGUUAGUAUUUAAUUGAUUCUUAUGGGUUAGUGAUUAGUAUAAUAAUAAUCAAUGUUUAAACUAGUACCUCCAUGCAUAGAUGGGAAAUUUACCUUGCUGUAGUAUUUAAGGCUGACCUUGUCCAUGUGUGAUUCUUGAUACUCGUGAUGUCACUACCUCCCGGCUCCGGCUGGGUUAAAAGUAUCUCUGGAAGGUUACAUCAGCAUCACCAGCUGAUGUAGACCAAAUUAAAUGUAAACUUUGAAUGGGCAUUUCUUGCAUCAUUAUGUGCUGGAAUUCGAUAAUAAUGAAUUCAGAGACAAUUAACUCAGAAAUGUUAAAGUAUUUUAUCCACGGUGGUACCUACCUGGAGGGUAUUCCCGGGAUCAACGCCCCCGCGGCCUGGUCCAUGACUAGGCCUCCUGGUGGACCAGGGCCUGAUCAACUAAGUUGUUACUGCUGGCCGCACGUAGUUCAACGUACUAACCACAACCCGGCUGAUCCGGCACUGACUUUAGGUAUCUGUCCAGCUCCCUCUUGAGGGCCUAUUGGUAAUUCCCGUUAUGGCUGGUGGGAGCUGUUGAACAGUCUUGGGCCCCGGACACUUACUGUGUUUUCUCUUUGUGUACUAAUGCCCCCCCCUUUACUUUUUAUUGGGGGUAUGUUACACCACCUGCCAAGUCUUUUGCUUUCGAGAGAGUGAUUUCUGUGUGCAGAUUAGGGACCAGUCCCUCUAGGAUUUUCCAGGUGUAGAUUUUGAUGUAUCUCUCGCCUGCACUCCACUGAGUACAAGUCAGGUUCUUCCAGGCGUUUCCAGUAGUUAAGAUAUUUGACAGAACUUAUAUGUGCAGUAAAUGUUCUCUGUACAUUUUCUAGAUCUACAAGUUCACCUGCCUUGAAUGGGGCUGUUAAUGUACAGCAGUAUUCCAGCCUAAGGAGAACAAGUGAUUUAAAAGGGAUCAUCAGUAGCUUGGCAUCUCUUGUUUUGAACGUUCUCAUUAUCCAUCCUAUCAUUUUCUUCGUGGAUGUAAGAGUGGCACUGUUGUGAUCCUUAAAGGUGAGAUCCUCAGACAUUACCACUCCCAGGUCCCUCACAUUACUUUUCCACUCUGUUGUGUGAUUAGAGUUUGUAGUAUACUCAGUUCUAGUUAUUAUUUCCUCCAGUUUUCCAUAACGGAGUAGUUGGAAUUUGUCUUCAAUAAACUUCAUGAUGUUCUUUGUUACCCAUUGGAAAACUUGGUUUAUAUCUUCUUGGAUAUUUACUGUCCUCAGUGGACGACACGCUCAUUCAGAUCCUAGUAUCGUCUGCAAAGAAUGAUGUUUGAUAUGAGGAUGAGGAACAGGAUUGUCGCAAGUACUGUGCCUUGUAGAACAGAGCUUUUUACUAAGGCUCUGAUUACCUCUACUCUUUGUGUUCGAUUGGUUAGAAAGUUGAUGAUCUAUCUGCCUACUUUGCCAGUUAUCCCUUUAGCACGCAUUUUGUGCGCUAUUACACCAUGGUCGCACUUGUAAAAGGCUUUUGCAAAAUCUGUGUAUACUACAUCUGCAUUCUGUUUGUUUUCCAGUGCAUCCAAGACCAUUUCAUAUUGGUCCAGUUGUUGAGAGAGGCAGGAGUGACCUGCUCUGAACCCAUGUUGCCCUGGAUUGUGCAGUUGUUAGGAAUCGAAGUGGUUUACAAUUCUUCUUAGAACUCUUUUAAAGAUUUUUUUGAUGUUGGACACUAGAACUAUUGGUCUGUUGUUCUUAGCUAAUGCUUUGCUUCCAUCUUUAUGGAGUGGAUCUAUGCCAUUGUUUUUAAUGACUGUGGAAUUUCACCUGUAUCUAUGCUCCUCCAAAGCACAAUUAGGGCCGCAAAAGGGGUUUCUUGCAGUUCUCAAUGACCACAGAAUUCCACGAGUCUGAGCCUGGGGUUGAGUGCAUGGGCAUGUUGUCAAUGGCUUUCUCAAAGUCUAGUGAAGCUAAGGUUAUGACAGAAAUUUGGCGCACAUUGACAGGGUUUUGAGCUCAUUCAUGAAAAAAUUGGAUUGUUGACCUUUAGACUGAUUAAUGGGUCGCUAAACACAGAGUCGUAUUGAGAUUUCAGUAUCUCAUUUAUUUCUUUGUUGUCAUCUGUGUAAGUUCCAUCUUUUCUGAGCAGGAGCCCGAUACCAGAUGUGGUUUUUGCCCUUUUUUUGGCAUAUGAAAAGAAAUAUUUCAAAUUUCUUUCAAUUUCACUGAUUGCUUUUAUCUCUUCCUGUCUCUCCUGGAUCCUGUAUGAGUCCUUCACCUUAAGUUCAAUGUUUUCCACCUUCUUAAAAUAUAAGACAAUAUUUUUGUGAAUUAACAUCUGCAUAAAUAACUCAUUACGAUUGUAACCAGUUAUAAACAUGUAAAUUGUUUAUUACCACUAAUUUGUUUAGCUAUAAGAACUUUGUGGCUCAGUUCCUGGACCCAUUAUGUGCCUCUGUAGUCUUUUGACUACCACCUACACCAUGGGUAUAGUGUGAUUAAUAAAUAUAUUAAUCAUCUGGUGACCAGAGAAGCGGUGGUUAAUGGAGUGCAUAAUGGGGUGAGGGCCAAUAUAUUUUCUUCUGUGUUAUAAAAAUACAGUUUAACAAUAUGUAAUGUUAACCUGUACAGUUUAACAAUAUGUAAUCUUAAGAUGUAUUAUAUUGUAAUCCUUUCUCUAGUUCCUGUCAUCUUUUGACGAAGAUCUUUGACAGGAAAUACCUGGACUGUCUUUUUUUAGAUUAGAUUUUGCCACCGAAGUGGCUAGUUUAUUGUGCACCCCAUAUCCAUCCUGUGGACGGUAGCGCGAGAGCAUAUGGAUACACAAAAGGCCUAGGAACUAGGCCCCAAAGGGUUAACAGGAAUACAUAUGGAUUUAUAUCUACAUAUCUAUAGUUCACUUAUCUGUUACAAGCAAAUUUAGGAAAUUUGCUUAGUAUAUCUGGUAUCUUAUUUUCAUUAAUAAGAUAUCUUGACAUGUCACAUAGGUUAUUAUACUGUCUGUCUCUGUAUUCCUCAAUGAGUGGACAAUUAAGCACAUAGUGUUCAAGUGAGUGACCAUAUGCCUGAUCACAUAAUUUACAUUUAGUUUGAUCAUCAUCUGUGUGUCUCCCAAACUGCCAGAAGUACUUGUAACCAAGCCUAAGCCUGGCCACUACAACAUCAGUCAGUCUGUUCACAUUGCAAGUUGCUCCAUAAACAUACUUAUCUACGUUCAUGUUAUCAUAGUGGGUUAUAGAUCUACUCAGGCUUCUAACUGCAUUCCUAUAACAAUCAUUUUCAUUAUUUCUCUCCUAAUAUUAUUCCUAAUGCUAGACACAGUUAUACCAAAGUUAUAUUCUACAUUCUCCUUCUCGAUACUCUUCUUGGCUAACAUAUCAACUUUAUCAUGAAGGAGUAAUCCAAUGUGUGAUGGGAUCCAUAGCAAUUGUACAUUAAUUCCUUUGUCCCUAAUUUUUGAGUAUCUAUACCUGGCUUCCCCAAUGAGCAUGUUGUUGGAGUCAUUAUAUGAGCCAAGAGCCUUCAAUGAUGACAUAGAAUCAGUAAUGAUGAUAGAGUCAAGCUCAGUGUCAUAGGUUAGCUUUAGCGCCAUUAGGAUUGCAAACAAUUCAGUUUGCAGUGUAGACGCCCAGUUGUUAAUUCUUAUGCCUAACUCAACAAAUUUAUUAUCGUUCUUAACUAGGGAGGUGGCAACAAGAGCAGAUGCAGCCCUGCCAGAAGACUCCUGUUUAGAUCCAUCAGUGUAUAUAACUUGUGAUAACUUGUUACUACCAGCUAGGUGAGAAAUUUCUUCUUGAGCAGUUGCUCUAACAAGAGAUUUAAGGAAGGGAUUACUAGCAAUGAGCUUCUUGGGAGGGACUUGUAGGUAUGUGAUAUUAAAUGAACACAUCUUCCAUGGAGGGGUGAAAUGCUCAUGCAGGUUAUAAAACUUAAUGCAAUUGCACGUUUUCACAAUCCAUUUAGAUCUGUGUGUAUUUACCUCUAGACACUUGGUAAGAUUCACUGUGACAGUGUCUGGUUCGUUUCUCAACUUUCUAAUACCGAGUACAGUGUUAAUUUCAACAAUCCUAUCACUGAUACUAGAAAUACCAAGCUCCUUCCUCAUGUUAAGAACUUUUGUAGAUCUGGGACAGCCAAGAAUAAUCCUGAGAGCUUCAUUUUGCAUUAACUCCAAGGGUCGGAGAGAACUUUCUCUAGCUAAUAUCAACAUGGGAGCAGCAUAAUCAAUUAAGGACCUAACAUAGGCUAUGUACAUCAUUCUCACGAUUCUCACAGCCCAGACUUAAAUAUAUAUAUGUCUAAGGGAAACCUUAACACACUUCUUUCUUCAGAAUGUAGCCAAAUAUAAGCGUAAAAGAGAGAUAGGUUGUACAAUAGGCUAUCCAAGCUUAACAGAUGAUGAGGAACAAUACUAAUGAACCAGAGAUGUUAAUGUGUGUCUUACACAAAUAACCCGGACAUAGGAGAGAGGAACUUAUGACGACAUUUCGAUCCAACUUGGAUCAUGUACAGGACUUUUUUGGGUUAUCCUAGGUUCCCUACACAUAUGCUGCUAUGUAUGAUAAUUCUAUGUAACUGUAUUUGUGUAUACCUGAAUAAACUUACUUACUUACUUACUUACUUACACUGUGCGGGUUAUCUGUGGAUUGUUACACUUACGGUAUUGUGCCUCUCUGUUUUUUAAUGUUUUAGGAAUGAUGAAAGUUAUUCAUUUGUUGUAGACUUAUUAAAUGUUUAUGAUCCUUUAUUGUUUGGUUAGUUCCACCAGUGGGCCUCAAAUUACUGGCUCGUGGACAGUGUCCAGCUCUUCGUGGGAAUUUGUCGCUUGUGAUCAGCGACAAAUUCCUUACGAAGUUAAAACUUUUCUCACUGCAGUCUGAAAAAAAUACUAGACACAAAUUAAGCCUAAAAAUAAGGUAAACGCUAAAUUCUGAUUAUCUUAGGUCUUUAACAUUUUAAAAUGUAUUGAGGAAAUAAUCAUAAUGCUUCAUUAUUAAAUAUUAAAAAAUAAUAUUAUUCACGAUAUGUAAGUCUGAAAAUUUUUUUUCAUCUGAAAUGUUUUAAGUUAUAUUAUUUCUUGUUUAUUAAUGAAAUUUUUGAUAAUUAUGAUAUCACCUUUAUAUUCUUAAUGAUUUUGUUUUGAUUUGAGGGGAAAUAAUGAUGUUUAAUGUAUUUGUUAUUGAUGAUAAACAGGCCUAAAGCA